ACAGGACUUCAAAAACUACCAGCAAUGUUGAAGCCUCAAGUUUAUCAACAAUCAAACCCUACAAGAGCUCUCAUGCGAUUUACCAAACAAUUCAUCCCUGGAAAUGACCAUUCUUCUUUCCAUUUAAAACCAAGACCCAAAGCACAAAAACACUUUAAAACUGGCUUUAAACCUAGAAGUUCUAAAGCUAUAGCAAGUCUGUCGCAGGAUACUAAAAUUAAGGUUAAAGCCAUUGUGAAGGUGAAACGAAAUGUUGGUGGGCUUCUAACAAGCCUAGGGAUUGAUCAAGGACUGAAUGACAUUCAAGACUUGCUGGGGAAAACAAUCUUGUUAGAGCUUAUUAGUGUCGAGCUUCAUCCCAAGAGUGAGCUAGAGAAGCCAACAAUUAAAGGGUAUGCACACCGGAGAUUAAGCCAAGCAAAUGAGUACGUCAAAUAUGAAGCAGGCUUCGAGGUUCCACCGGAUUUUGGAGAGGUUGGUGCUAUUUCUGUUGAAAACGGGUACCAUACGGAGGUAUUCCUUCAAGAGAUUGUCCUUAAUGGCUUACCACAAGGCAACAUCAAUGUAACUUGUGGCUCAUGGAUACAUUCCAAGUAUAAAAAUAGUCGGAAAAGAGUCUUCUUCACUAACAAGUCAUACGUACCAUCACAAACACCAAGUGGUUUAAGAAGACUGAGAAAGGAAGAGAUCAUAAUCUUGCGAGGCAAUGGCCUAGGAAAACAGCAAGCUGGUGAUAGAAUAUAUGACUAUGAUGUUUAUAAUGAUAUUGGUGAUCCUGAUAAAAGUUCAGAACUAGCAAGACCGGUACUCGGUGGUAAAAAACUCCCUUACCCUAGACGUUGCCGAACCGGCCGGCCUCGAAGUGAGAUAGAUCCAACAUCAGAGAUAAGGAAAGGUGAUUUCUACAUCCCUAGAGAUGAAGCAUCCUCAGAAGUAAAGGAGAUAACAUUCUAUGCCAAGACAUUUGCCUCAUUAAUUCAAACAUUCUAUGCCAAUGCCAUUACCUGUGCUGAUCAUGGAUUCGAAUACUUUACAUCAAUAGAAUCCCUUUACGAUGAAGAACUUGAAUUGCCUCCCCUUCCAAAUGAAGGGUUGUGGAAAACAUUGUUGCCCCAACUUUUCAAGGCUAUCAAUAUCCCCAACGGAGAAGAUAUGUUGCGCUUUGAGAUGCCUAAAACAAUGAAGAGAGAUAAAUUCUGUUGGCUUAGGGAUGGAGAAUUCGGUCGACAGGUUCUUGCGGGUCUCAACCCAUUUAGCAUCAAAUUGGUCAUGGAAUGGCCAAUAAAUAGUAAACUUGACCCUCAGAUCUAUGGACCCCCAGAGUCUAUGUUAACGACAGAACUAAUAGAGGCACAGAUUGGAGGAUUAAUUAAAGUCCAUGAGGCCAUAAAACAAAGGAAGUUGUUCAUCCUAGAUUACCAUGAUCUCUUGUUACCAUUUGUGAGCAAAGUAAGAGAAAUUGAAGGAACAACGUUAUAUGGUUCAAGAACAUUGUUCUACCUAACCCCAGAGGGCACAUUAAGGCCACUAGCUAUUGAACUGACUCGCCCGCCGAUUGAUGGGAAGCCUCAAUGGAAGCAGGUAUUUACACCAUGUGACCAUUCCACUGGUUUAUGGCUUUGGAUACUGGCCAAAGCACACGUGCUUGCUCAUGACUCUGGUUAUCAUCAACUUGUUAGUCACUGGUUAAGAACGCAUGGUGUGACCGAACCUUACAUAAUUGCAACACAUCGGCAGCUCAGCGUUAUGCAUCCGAUUUUUAGACUUUUACAUCCUCAUUUCCGCAACACAAUGGCGAUCAAUGCUCUUGCUCGAGAAUCUCUAAUAAAUGCUGGUAGUAUCAUUGAGUCUUCAUUCUCACCUGGGAAGUAUUCUAUGGAGAUUUGCUCUUUUGCUUAUGAUCAGCUGUGGCGGUUCGACAAUGAGGCACUACCAAAUGACCUGAUCAGCAGAGGAAUGGCUAUAGAAGAUCCAACUGCUCCACAUGGCCUCAAACUUACAAUCGAAGACUACCCUUUUGCCAACGAUGGUUUAAUCUUAUGGGAUGCCAUUAAACAAUGGGUUAGCGACUAUGUUCAUCUCUACUACCCUGAUCCAAGCUUCGUAUCUUCUGACGAAGAGCUCCAAGCUUGGUGGACAGAAAUUCGGACAGUAGGCCACGCAGACAAGAAAGAUGAACCAUGGUGGCCAGAACUCAGAAGUCCACAUAAUCUUAUCGAUAUCCUCACCACUAUCAUUUGGGUGGCCUCAGGUCACCAUGCGGCAGUGAACUUUGGGCAAUAUACAUACGCAGGCUACAUUCUUAACAGGCCUACCAUUGCUAGAAUAAAAAUGCCAACUGAAGACCCCACGGAUGAAGACUGGAAUCGUUUCUUGGAAAAACCUGAAUCUGUACUUUUGGAAACUUACCCUUCAAAACUUCAGGCUACAACAGUAAUUGCUGCUUUGUAUGUGUUGUCCUACCAUUCUCCUUAUGAGGAAUAUAUUGGGGAGCAUAUAGAAGCAGCAUGGGCUGAUGAUCCAAUUAUAAAGACAGCUUUUGAAAAGUUCAAUGGGAAGUUGAAGGAGUUAGAACAAAUAAUCAAUCAAAGGAAUGCUAACCCAGAAUUAAAGAACAGAAAUGGAGCUGGAAUUGUGCCAUAUGAGCUCAUGAUACCGUUUUCUAAACCAGGGGUAACAGGAAAGGGUGUUCCAUAUAGUAUUUCCAUUUGAAAUAUUUUAAAACUAGAUUACACUUAAUGUUGAUAA